AUGAGUUCCCGCUUUCUGUGGGUCUGCUUCCUCUCUGCUACUCUUUCGAGGGGAGUCGAGGUGGAGCACUCCUGCAGCGCCUCCACCGGGCCCCGAUCCGAGCUACCCAGCUCGGCGGGCACCGGAAGGCCCUCUCCCAGGGACGGCGCCCAGCGUCCCGAGCUACCCAGCUCGGUGCCGCGGGUUGCCAAUCGGAUCUCCGGGGGGGGGGGUCACAAUAAUGCGUCCGUCGUACUGCGAAGUCUGCGGAUCGUCUCCCAGCAUGCCAGAGCAACAUCUCCAGCGACUACAACGAGGGACCCAUGGAGGGUGGUGCCCUCAAGGAUUCGUAGUCGCCCGCCGUGCGCCGGGGUACUGCCCUCCCGACGAGGGAAAGGUUCCAGCCUUCGAGCUGUUCGAGAGGACGUUGCAGAGAUCGAGGGAUUGACUCAGCAGCCGAGCCAGCCAACGCCUGGAUCUUCAAGGCCAUCAGCCGUCAACACACAAAGAGAUGGCAUCAAAUGCUCGAGUUUUCGUCGCAGAUGCAGUUGCAAUAUUACAGAAAUACAUCAUACACUUCAAAGAAAGAGACAAAUUCAUCAUUUAUUCGUCUAUCAUAUGGAAAGAGAUCAGCCGGCACUUGGCGAACAAGGGGACGUCCCACAACGUGUAUCAAAAGAGUGGACCAGUAUACAAGGGGUGAGGUUACUUAUAAAGAUGGGAUGACGUAUAAUACCUUAGGAACAGGUGUACACACGAG